UGUCUGCUGUAGUCUUCUAUAUAAAGCUCCUACAGGUGACGGCCGGUCCAGACCAACAGGAAGCUGCCGCUGGGAGAAUGAGGGCUUCUGGGAGUUUGAUGCUGCUGCUGCUGCUCGGAUCCGUCUCUCCGAGUGGAAGUACCGAUUAUCAGAAGUCUUUUCCUCAGGACCUCUACGCUGCUCUGAGAGAGACCACCGCCUCGCUGGUCCAGCUGAAGGAGGAGAUAAGGUCCCUGCAGACUAAAGAAGAAGCAGCAGAGCUGAAGACUACGGUGGACGCGCUGAAGCAGCAGCUGCAAGUCCGACAGGUUGCGUUCACGGCCUCUCUGGUGGUUUCAGGUGAACAAACUAUCGGACCGUUUCCCUCGGAGACUCUUCUGGUCUACAAACACGUCACCACCAACAUCGGGAACGCCUACAACCCCAACACAGGUCUGUUCACCGCCCCGGUGAGAGGAGCGUACCACUUUGAGUGGUGGGUGGGGGCCCAUGGGGACAACGGCGCCCACCCUGCAGGAGCUGUGCUGGUGAGGAACUCGGAGAAGAUCGCCCUGGCCUAUGAGCAACAGUCCCAAUACUACGGGACGGCGUCUAACGGCGCCAGCCUGCUGCUGGAGGCGGGAGACGUGGUGUUUGUGCGUCUGGGGGCUAACUGUCUGGCGUUCGACAACUACAACCACCACACCACCUUCAGUGGACACCUGCUGUUCCCCAUGUGAGACAGAAACAGCAGCUCUGUGUCAGGUUGCUGUUGUCUUAAACAAGUCUUCAUAGCAUAGACUUGAUCUGACUUCAUCUGCAUCCAAAUAAUGAUAAAAAGUAAAAAC